CGCCUUCAAGGACGAGUGAUCUGUCAAAAUGAAGAAGAAGAAAACACUUCCGUACAGUCAGGUUAACAGCCAGGCUCUCUGAAGAAACCAGAUUCUGCCUGAAAAUGACUAAAUUGAAAGAUAAGAGACGUGAGAAAACCAGUGUAGCCACUGAGAUUGAUCGUUUGGAGCAGCGGCGGUUGCGUUGCAAAGACAACCUGGAUAGGGCUGAGUUCAGGAGCAGAAAGGAAAAGCUCUCUGACAAGGACAGGCAGGACCUGGAAGAUGAAAUGACCAUCAUUAAUGAGAGGGUGCUGAAGUUAGACAAGGAGCUGGAGACGCUAAGAGGAGAGAAUCGGAGGAACAUGCUGCUGUCAGUCGCUCUGCUGGUCAUCAGUGCUUUCUUCUACUAUGUCUUUUUCAACAAUGAAGAGGACUCUGAUACUAUGGUGUCAUAAAGGGACCUUCUGCUUCUAAAAACCUUGGGACAGUGCUGUGAUGAGGAGAUAUACGAGGUCAUGAUUGUGUACACACUUGCUGUGUUGAGGAAACGCCUCCGUUCUGCCUCUAGGUGGCAUCAUUGUCUUAAACUUUUCUGGUCGUCAUACUUUAUUCAUCCUAAGCAGUAAGCACCCACUACAGCUUGUAUGACUAACGCAUCACAUGUAUGAGAUCAUUUAAGUGGUGAAGUAAGCGAUAAGUUUUGUAUUUUCCUCAGUUUGUACAGUUGUCAUUUUUAAUCUAUGUACAACAUUUUGUCACAUAAGUAACUCAUGAAAUAUAAAGUUAAUGUCUUGUGCCACAAAUAUAAACACCAAAGUUGAAUAGUUUUUAUACAAUAUGUCAAAGAAAUACUUCACAAAAUUGUGCCAAUUAAGUUUUUUUCUUCUCAGUCACAUAUUAACACACGUGUGAUAAUGGAGGGUGCAUGUGACGUGUGCAGUUAAUGAUAGAAAUAUUUGAUACAGCAUGUUUUCUCGUAACAGUGGAUAAAACCUGAAGAAUGUCUUUUUUUGUUUUAAUACUCAUGCUGGCCAUGCACCUCUCACUUAUAAUGCCAAGCACGUUUGCAAAUAUCUUUUUAAAAAUACAUUUAUGAAGGCUUGGUGUAUGACAACUGGGUUUGGUCCUUAUAGUUGAUUUGUUUAUAUGUUAUUUGGUAUUAUGUGUUUUUUCAUUUAUAAAUUAAACGCCGUUUAUCGUA